CGCCGCCGAAACUGUCUUCGUUUUCAAAACAUCUACAGGCACGAACGUCAGACGGUUGAGCGGUUUUGAUUCAGUGUGAUUGUUUCGAGAUCCAUUCUUUAGGAUGGAGAAUGGUGUGGCAUCCACCAAAGGAGAGGGCUUCCUAUCCAGGAUGGCCCUCAAUGACAACAAGGCUGGUAUGGAGGGUCUUGACAGGGACAAGAUCAACAAAAUCAUCAUGGAGUCAUCCAAGGGAUCGAGGUUUUAUGAGAGUGAGCUGAAGAAAGAGCAGCAGGUGAACCACCGCAUCGAGAAAAUGAUGCUCCAAAAGGCACAGAUCCCAGAACAACGGCUAAAGAAAGCACAAGCUCAAGUGGAAAGGAUGGCCACCGAGCUUGAAAGGAGUCGUGAUCUCAGCCGUGUGAUAGUACACGUGGACAUGGAUGCUUUCUACGCUGCUGUGGAGACGAGAGACUGUCCUGAGCUCAAGGACAAGCCCAUGGCUGUAGGAUCCAUGAGCAUGCUGUCAACGUCUAACUACCAUGCCAGGAAGUACGGGGUUCGAGCUGCCAUGCCUGGGUUCAUCGCAAAGAAACUCUGCCCAAACUUAGUUAUUGUUCCAACCAACUUUGCUAAAUACAGAGCUGUGAGUGAUGAGGUCCGGGAGGUUUUUGCAGAAUAUGACCCUCACUUCCAGCCGAUGAGCCUGGAUGAAGCUUAUCUGGAUUUUACAGACCACCUGGAGCAGAGACAGAGCUGGCCAGAAUCCUCUCGUACACAUCGCUUCCGCGCCAGCAGCGCCGCUACAGGUGAAGAGCAGAUUGAUCUUCCCCAGGAGGCAGUGCCAGAGGAUGAAGACCUCUCUCCAGUCCUGUUCGAGGACAGCCCUAGCACCUCUCUCUGCUUGUUGGACUCUGAAGGUGUCGGUGCUGCUGGUAGUGCGUUCGAGGUGUUUGGCACGUCUCUUGAGGAGGCUGUGAGAGAGAUGCGCUUCCGCAUUGAGCAGAAGACCAUGCUCACUGCCAGUGCAGGAAUUGCUCCAAACACAAUGCUUGCCAAGGUGUGCAGUGACAAGAACAAACCCAACGGCCAGUACAGACUCCCCUCCACUAGAGAGGCCAUUAUGGACUUUGUCCAGAAUCUCCCAGUUCGCAAAGUGUCUGGCAUCGGGAAAGUGAGUGAGAAGAUGCUGAAUGCUCUUGGCAUCAGUAGCUGUUCUCAUCUUGGCCAGCAGAUGGAGUUGCUCUCGCUGUUGUUCUCGGAGACGGCCUGGCAUCAUCUCAUGCAGGUUUCCUUGGGUCUGGGCUCCACAUCUAUACCGAGACAUGAAGAAAGGAAAAGCAUGAGCACAGAAAGGACAUUCAAAGAACUGAGUAAUGUUGAGGAGCAGUUGUCUUUUUGCAGAGAGCUCUGUGAAGACUUAGCAGAAGACAUAAAGAAAGAAGGUCUAAAGGGUAAAACGGUAACACUGAAGCUUAAGAACGUGAACUUUGAGGUAAAAACCAGGGCGCUGACGCUGCUGUAUGCUGUUGCAACAGUGGAUGACAUUUUUGCUGUUGCUAAGGACCUACUGAAAACGGAAAUCGACAAUGAAAGCCCCCAGCCACUCAGAUUGAGACUCAUGGGUGUUAGAAUCUCCGCCUUUGUCAGUUUGGAUGAUAAAAAGCCCCUUCAGAGGAGCAUCGUUGGCUUUCUAAAGCCAGGCACGACAGACUCUAGCGGCUCCUCCCAAGGAACAAAUCAAAAGCUUGAGAAAAAGUGUCUCUCCUAUCAGUCCUUCCAAACUGGGCCACUUGCUUGUCUUCCCCUUGCACAGAAGUGCCAGAGACAAGAGGAAGUACCCUGGGGGAAGAAGCAGAGAGGGUUCGAGGGGGGUCAGACGAGUGAGGAACCCAAACAGUCUUUCUUCCAAAGGGCUCAUGCCAAACGACUGCAACUGCAGGCAACAAAUGCAAGCACACAACAGGAAGUGCAUGGGGAGAAUGGUUCUGUGAUGACUUCCACAGGCACAUGUGCUGAAAAGGGUGUUGAGUCGUCAAAGGAAGCACACGAGAGUGACUCUACAGCCUCAGAUCCCUCAGAAAAUGACUUGGUUUCCCAUGUAGAGGCGCAUGCAUCCACAUCAGGCUGUGGUGGCACAGUGUCAGAGAGCCUCACCUGUCCAGUGUGUUUCAGGCAGGUGGAGACCACUGAUUUGAAUAUCUUCAACACACAUAUCGACCAGUGUCUCACUGAUGCCUCUAGAAAUCCAAACCAAUGCACAGUUUCAGACUCAGAUUCAGACAUGGACCUAGAGAAGGGCCAGAAAGAGUGUGAAGAGUUUGAGUUGAACAGAGUCGAUCCCCAAGAAGACCAACACAACUUGGAAAACGAUUCUCUUCAAACGAUUUUGCUGAUCAAUGGUGACAAUAGAACGGUAACCAUGCGGCAACCUCAGCCAUGUAAUGAAAAAGGCCCCGUCCUUAUCUGCCCUGUAUGUCAGCUGACACAGGAUAGUGAUGACCUCACUAUCUUCAACCACCACGUUGACCUCUGCCUGAACCAGGAGGUCCUACAUGAGCUGGAGGGCCAGACAUCGUCUCCCAUAAAUCCAACUUCAGUCAUAAAUAGCAAGGCCAUAGACCGGAGCCGUCUCCUGCCAAUGCAAGCAAGUAAAGGCAAAACCAAAAGACGGGACUCGCCUUCUUCUCCUCCUUCUAAAAAGGCUAAAGGCCUCGGUUCUCACAACACCAUUGACAAGUUCUUCAGGUGACAGUCAUGCACGAAGAACUGAGAACAUCUUCAGGAAAUGGAAAACACCACACCCAUUCUGCUCCACUGAGCAGUUUAUUAUUGCACACAAAGCCAUAUACAAAUGUUCUCCUUAGAAAUAUUUAAUUGAUAUAGUAUUUGCACUAUGUAUGAUGUGUUUUUCUAGGCAGACAAUAGAUGGGUAAUUAAAGAUGACAGACAAACUUUGUUUUAAUUCUGGCAAACUAAUGGAAAUAUUAUGCAUUUCCUGUUUCUGUUACUCACUAAAGAUAAGCGUAAUGUUUUUAUUUCACUGUAUGCGUACUGGAUCAUUAGUAAUGUAUGUAUUAGACACUGAUUGUAGUGUGCGUUUUUAAAUGUAUCUUCAUUCAUUUAUUUUAUUCAGAUAUUUGCAGUAAUUUACAGUUGUAUUUAUUAUGCUUCCAAUGAUAAAAAAAAGUGUAUAUUUAUUAAUGAAGAUAAGAGAAUCAUUCUAUCAUGUAAAUCAAAGUUCUAAAAUAAAUAAAUUACUUUUCUCCUGAAAUUUCA